CUUGGGUGCGGAGCGGCGCCGGUGCCUGCCUGCUGUCGCCGCCGGGCUGGAGGAAGGCAGCGCCUCGAGGUGUUUAAGUGGAGACUGUGGAGCUGUUCUUCUUUGGCUCCUGCUUCCUGAUACCCGCUAUGGAACAUGCUCAAGACCAUGAAGCAUUGCUUGAGCAAACGCAGAGGUAUUAUGUGGAGAGACCAGUGUAUACCCAAGAGCUCCUGCAAGGACAGCUGCACAGACGGCAGAGGACACCUCAGACUUUAGGGCAGAGGAUUGCACAUUCUUGUCGUUGUUCUUCUAAGAAAGCCAAGUCUCAUCUUUACAGUUUCCUACCAAUUUUGCAUUGGCUUCCCCGUUACCCAGUGAAGGAAUACUUACUGGGAGACAUUAUCUCAGGUAUAAGCACGGGGGUCAUGCAGCUUCCUCAAGGUUUAGCCUAUGCUUUGCUGGCAGCUGUUCCCCCAGUUUUUGGCCUGUAUUCUUCAUUUUAUCCUGUCUUUCUUUAUACUUUUUUUGGAACCUCCAGGCACAUAUCAAUAGGUACCUUUGCAGUGAUUAGUAUGAUGAUUGGUGGUGUUGCUGUGAGACAAGUGCCUGAUGAAAUUAUGUUUGUAGGCUAUAACUCUACCAACCUUACAGAUUCCCUUGAAUAUUACCAUGCUAGGGACACCAAGAGAGUACAGGUAGCUGUGACUCUCGCCUUUCUUUCAGGAAUUAUCCAGCUGUGCUUAGGUCUCCUUCGAUUUGGAUUUGUAGCCAUCUAUCUGACAGAGCCUCUGGUGCGAGGAUUCACUACUGCAGCUGCGGUCCAUGUCUUCACCUCCCAGCUAAAAUAUCUUUUGGGCAUUAAAACUAGCAGAUACAGUGGGCCCCUCUCAGUUGUAUAUAGCAUAGCUGCUGUGCUUUCAAAGAUCACCACCACCAACAUUGCUGCACUGAUUGUUGGACUGACAUGCAUUGUGCUGCUGUUGAUUGGCAAGGAAAUCAAUCUCCGCUUUAAGAAGAAGCUCCCAGUUCCUAUUCCCAUGGAGAUCAUUGUGGUAAUUAUUGGCACAGGAGUUUCAGCUGGCAUGAAUCUGAAUGAGUCGUACAAAGUGGAUGUUGUUGGGACUAUUCCUCAAGGGUUACGUGCACCAGCAGUUCCUGAGAUUCAGCUCAUCCCAGCAAUAUUUGUGGAUGCAAUAGCAAUAGCAAUAGUUGGAUUUUCAAUGGCUGUAUCAAUGGCCAAGAUCUUUGCUCUUAAACAUGGUUACACCACCGAUGGGAAUCAGGAACUUAUUGCCUUGGGAAUAUGCAACUUUGUGGGCUCAUUUUUCCAGAGCUUUUCAGUCACUUGCUCCAUGUCUCGGAGUCUUGUUCAGGAAAGCACCGGUGGGAAAACUCAGAUUGCAGGUGCUCUCUCUUCAGUUAUGGUUCUGUUGGUAAUUGUGGCCAUUGGAUACCUCUUUGAACCACUUCCACAGACAGUGCUGGCUGCGAUUGUCAUGGUGAACCUGAAGGGGAUGUUUAAACAGUUUGGAGAUGUCGCACACUUCUGGAGAACGAGCAAGAUUGAGCUGGCCAUCUGGGUGGUAGCUUUUGUGGCUUCCCUGUUGCUGGGAUUAGACUAUGGCUUGCUCACCGCAGUAGCAUUUGCCAUGAUAACCAUUAUUUACCGAACACAAAGCCCUCAGUACAGAAUCCUCGGUCCAGUCCGUGGCACUGACAUCUACUGCGAUGUGGAGGAGUACGAAGAGGUUCAAGAAUAUCCUGGAAUAAAAAUAUUUCAAGCUAAUGGAUCACUUUAUUUUGCCAAUAGUGAGUCAUACACAAAUGCACUGAAGAAGAAGACUGGAGUGGACCCUUGUGCCCUAUUAGCAGCCAGGAGAAAAGCCCAGAAGAGGCAUGCCAGGGAGCUGAAGGCAGCAAACGCACAGAGGAAGAAAGCAGUGCUGAAGCUAACUAAUGAUGUGGAAGCAAGUGUAAAGCAUGAGAUAGCAAAUGACGAUGAGUUACCUGUCAAUGGGAAGUUUGGAUCUGCAGAUGCUGGUGUACAAGAUGUGUCUCCUGACGAGCAUCAACAUUUUGUGGAGCCCAAAACCAACAUCCGCUUUUUAGUUCUGGAUUUCACCCCAGUCAACUUUGUGGAUUCAGUAGGAGCAAAAACACUAAAAUCAAUUAUAAAAGAGUACAAAGAAGUUGGUAUCUCUGUCUGCAUUGCCAGCUGCAGUGGACCUGUCGUGAAGGAGCUGACAAGACUGAAUUUCUUCGAUAGCACUGUAACACGAGAGCUGCUGUUUCACAGUAUUCACGAUGCUGUCCUUGCUUGCCAAGCAAGACAGGGCUGCUUUACAGACUCACUUUGACCGCUGAAGAGUGGCAUCGAGCAGAAUGGAAGCCAAACUGAUGCUGAUGGAGACUCUGAAUAUUUAAUUUGCACAGUUUAAGAGAGCCCAAGGCUGUCUGGAUCUACGGGUAUAGGGUGGUGCUUAUUUUCUGUAGGAAGCAUGGGUAAGGAAAUGGAAGCCUUCAUGCUCUUGUGUUUUUUUCCUUCAGUCAGGGUAUAGCUUUUCAAUAAGAAACAAGCACAAAAUUAUGCAAGACCAGAAACUUCAGUAUGUUCUGCUACAGACAGAAUCUGGUAGACAAGGUGACACUGAUACAUUCCUAGUCCUGUAGAGAGAAAUGGGCACUUUAACUCACUGCAAGGUAGGAUCUUGCAGGACAUCACUUCGGCAAUUGCAAUGCACUGUACCAGUGUCUUUAGGGAAUUUUCUUACGUUGCUUUAAAGCCUGAUGUCAGCAUCUGCAUACAACAGACUGAUGGAGGAGAGAAUAAGCUGCCAGUGGGAGGAAUGGAUUCACCCUUGUGGCAUUUAGCUGCCAUCUUUUGAACCCUGGGGGGGGUAGUUAUUUUUGUAAAACUAUCUGUCUCUUAACUGUUCUCAACUCUUCAGUGCCUGAACAGUUACACUCAAUGAGAACUUCAAAUUAAAAACUCUUUCUUUAAAUUGUUCCAUUGGCAAUAUGGGAUUUCACUGCCAAAACCUAGUGGUGGGUUCCAGCAAAUGAUACAGUUGAUUUUAAGCUAAAAUCAGUUUGUUAAGCAAUUGGUUUAGGGCAGGAGUGAAGACUAUUAAAAAAUAAAUUAAGAACCAAUGCCCUACAAGCAAUCUCUUCAGAUGAAAUUAAAGUGUAGACAAGGGCUAAAGUUUCAGUGGGCCAAAAGAAAAGUAGUUUUCUGUUGCCUGAGGUAUCCCCUCCCAGCAGUGCUGCUUCUGCCUCUGUUUUUUAGUGCUUACAGCUUUCAAAAGAACUCAAAGCUAUGCCAUGUUUGCUGUUCUAUUUUAAAGAACUAGUAGUGAGUGUGGGUUUUUUUCUAUUGUCUUCAUAACCUGUCUGCUCUGCUACUGAGACACAAACCAUGGAGAGAUUUUAUUUCUCCAAGCAAAAGAAAUAAAUCUUCAGUGCCUGCAUUUCCCUAAUGCCCUUCAAUAGCACAGGAGCAGGGGAUCAGUGCUCCUGUGUACAAAAGAAUUCAGAGGGGUCAAGAGGAGAAGGGAGUCUCUUCCUCAAUACUUUCUUUUUGCUUCAAGCUCUGUUGCAACUGGGACUUGCUCCAGGUAAACCAAGUUCCCAAGACCCAGGGGCAGUCAGGGAUGUUUUACUUCCUCAGCCUCCCCUGCCACUAGGAAUAGGAAGCUUUCUGUAUCAGAAAUUGCUGCUCAGCCAGACCUCAGAGGAUGAAUGGAAUGCGUUAGGACAUGGCAUGUUUAUGUAAAACCCUUUUGGUACCUUUUCUACUGUUCAGCAGUUUGCCAACCCUUUGUACCUACAGACAGGAUAUUUUUCUACUUUCAGCUUGUCACAGCUUCAGUUUUUAACUCUUUAACUCUUCAGUUCACUCACAAUCCUGGUGGCUUCUCAAAUAAAAAUGCCAAUCAUGA